GGUUUUUCGGACCCAAUAAACACUAUCACAGUAGAGAGAGGGCUUAGAAUGGCUGGCCUUGGAGAAUCGGGCCGCGUCGUAGUAACUCGAUGGCUCGUACAAAAGGCCCCGUUUGGGUUUUCUAUCUUCAGUUCCUCUCACCCAAACCCUAAAACCCAGUCUGAAACUUCAGUCCAGCCCUCUGCUCUGCAAUCGCCGCUCUUCGGCUGCUGAAAAUUUCUCGACGUCGGCAAGAUUCACUCGGCGUUCUCCUCCAAGCUCUAAUCUAUUUGGCCAUCGCCGCAACUGCGUCACAGGCGUCGGAGAUUGUCUUUGCCUGCUGCUGGGAAGAAAGGAAGAGACUAGAGACCCAUCGCCGCCGCCGGAGUGUCCGCCGCUCUUGCCGCUGCCUCGCCCCUCUCGCCUCCUCGCCGUCUCAGAGAGAGAGAGAGAGAGAGAGGUUUAUUUUUCUUCUUCAAUCCGUCCACUGCACAUUGAAUGCCCUAGACCAAUACCCUUUUCCUGACUUUUGAAGGAUUGGAAUUUUUUUCAUUCAGGAAUUAGGGUGAGGCUAUGGCUGAAGUGGCACAGGUCCAUCAAUCAGGUCAGGGCCCAAUGAAGAGGAGAAUAGGGCACAAGAAGGGUGGUAAGGCAAAGAAAAGAGUAAAAGUGUUUCAGGGAACUUCUGAAAAGGUUAAAAUAGACAAGAAAAUGCAGAAGCUAUUUCGCAAAAGAGCAAGGGAGUACAAUUCAGAUGAUGAGGAGGAGCCUUUGCCAGUAAAUAGAGAUGGAUAUGAACAGUCCCUCAACGAAAAUGAGGUACCUGAUGAAAAUGCUUCUGAUGAGGAGGCAAUGAACCAUCAAAAUGAUGACAUUGAAAAUGAAGUGUCUGAAGAUGAAGAUGGUGAAAUCCAGCCUGGAAUUAUGAAGUUUGCUGAAGGUUGCAAAGCAUUCAGGAUUGCAUUCAAGAAAAUUACUAAGACGAAUGUUUCUGAUGAUCUACUGGGCCCUGUAUUAUCAGCACACAAGAAGCUAUUGGCAGAGAAGCUUGCUGAAGAAAGAGCUGAACGGAAAGUAAAGGGGGAGGCAAAGAGGGAGAAACAUUUGAUAGGUGAAAAGGGCCAUGUGAAGCCUGCUAAUUUCUUGGAUUCACGUGAAAAAUUUCUCAUAGGAAUUGCUACAAAAGGAGUGGUCAAGCUAUUUAAUGCUGUCAACAAAGCUCAAAAUGCUCAAAAAGGAUUGAAUCCUUCAAGAUCUAAAGAUGAAAAAGCAAUAAGAAAGCGGAAGAAAGAAGUCCUUUUCUCAGAGUUGGGCAAGACAUCAUCCCAAGCAGCUGAAUCUCUCACCAAGGCUCCAAGAUCUCCUGCUACAGUGGAUGGUGAAGGUCCUGCCUGGGCUCCCUUGCGUGAUGGUUACAUGCUAACAAAUCCCAAGCUAAAGGACUGGGAUAAAAUGGAGGGUACUUCUGUAGCAGACCAUGUUGGGAAGAUGUCAUCAGAUAGUUCAUCUGACGAUGGCUACGAUGAUUAAUUUCAUAAGCUUCAAAAAGAGUUGCAUUUGUUUGUUCUUAAUGGCCGAGGUUUUCUUUACUUGAUGCAAAUAUUUUAUAGUCUCCUUUUACUGAUACAAGAUGAAAUUUUCAAGUGAAUUUUCGUAGAUUGUUUUUGCUCUAAAUCGCUUGUAGUAUGGAAUUUCUCCUUGUAUGAUUAUACACGCCAAAUGGCUUGCUGUAUUCAACGUAUUGCAAAAGGUACAAUCAGUUGAGUUAAACAGCAGAUGUUACCAGUGAAAUUAAUGAUAAAUCAGAUUGAUAGCAGA